UUGUCGAUCGUCAACCGUGACGUAAAUCUGCUGCGACCCGAGCGAGUUCCUCGUCGGGAGUCGCACGAAAACAUUGCGGCGAGGAGGAGAUACUUGGGAGCCCGGAGGAAAAACAGCGACGUUGACAAAGGCUACGCCGAGUGGAAAUGACGAUAUGCAGCUUUUUUCUUCAGGGCCGUUGUCGUUACGGCGAAAAAUGCUGGAAUGAGCAUCCGAGGGGAGGAGGCAGAGGAGGAGGAGGUGGAGGAGGUGGUGGAGGUGGAUACAGCAACAACUACAGCCGCUCUUCUGGUCAGCAGCAGUCCAGAGGAGGAGGAGGAGGAGGAGGAGGAGGAGGAGGAGGUGGAGGUUUUGGGAACAGAGUUUGGGUGAAUCCUAACCAGCAAAAAGGAGGCUAUAUACAGCCUUCAUCCUUCUCGUCUCAUGGAGGUGAUGACUGGGGCCGAGGCGGAGGAGCUGACUGGGGUAGAGGAGGUGGAGGAGGAGGGAAUGACUGGGGCCGUGAAGGAGGUGGAGGGAGAAGAGAUAACUCGAAGAGCUCCGAAUUCAGCUUCUCUGCCCAAAACAGAUUUUCAGCGCUUGGUACUCCCAGCACCUUUGACAGAGGAGGAAGAGGAGGAGGAGAAGGAGUAACAGCUGGUGAUGAAGAUGACGACAAAAAACUGGAGAUCAUUCAGAUGGACAUGGAGAUUUGGGAGAGUUCAGGGCAGUGGUGCUUCUCGAGUUAUUCUAGCUCCAAGAUACCUUUAUCUGGUUUCACUGAUCUCUCUCCCGAAGAGCUCAGGCUGGAGUAUUACUCCACAGGAGCUUCAGGAGAUCUGCAGGGCUAUGUUAAUGGUGUCAAUCAGUUACUCAACCAGUGGAGAAGCAGAGUCCAGGAACUGAAGGUUAUGAAUCCAGCCACCCGUGCAGCUUUGCUUGCGGAGUUAAACAACCCAGCACCUCAGGCGUCCUCAAGUGGCUUUGGUUCCGUGACAGUGACUGGAUUUGGAUCCUCUACAUCUGACUUUGGAAGCAAAGGCUUUGGGGCUCCAGCACCAGUGCCGGCCAACAGUUUCAGCUUUUCUGCUGCAAGUGGUGGGUUUGGUUCCUCAGCUGCACCAACGUCUUCGACAGGUUUCGGAAGUGCUAUAGCAGCUCCCACACAACCUCCCUCUGGAUUUGAUUCCUCCUCUGCUCCUUCGGCUUCAACUUUCUCCUUCGCUGCUCCGGCCACCAACAAACCAGCAGCCACUUCAGGAUUUGGCUCCGGCUUGGGGUUCAGCUUCUCCUCCACAGCAAACACCGGAGGAGGAUUUGGGAGUGGUUUUGGGACUGAAGCACCUGCUGCAACAGGAGGCAGCAGCUUUUUUGGGCUGAUGAGUGGAGGGUUUGGGACAACUGCUGCUCCACCUGCAGCAGGAGCCGGGUCUGCCAGUGGGGCAUCGGACAGUCUGUUUUCACCUGAGAGCAAACUGACUCCAGAGGAACUGAAUCAGUUCAAGGCUAAACGGUUCACUCUCGGUCAGAUUCCUUUGAAACCUCCUCCAGCUGACUUGCUGGUAGUAUGAUAUGUUGGGAAAAUCUACAACAUUUUUGAAAUAAAGAGAUAUAAUUUAUACUAACUUUUUUUUUGUAUAGAGCUUUUUUAAAAAUCCGAAUUCAUUCAUAAGAUACAGCCAAUGUUGAAAAAAUUUGAUGAAUUCAACACUUUGAUCAAUUUAAUCUGGGGAAACUUGCUUUGGUUCCAUUUGCCCUCUCAAAGUAUACAUUAUGUACAGUUGCACAGUAUAUGGUAUAUAUUUUUGAAAUAUGUGUUGUCAUAAAAUACUACUUUUGGGUUAUUGAAUGUCUUAAAAUAUACAGUUCGGAUUCUGUGAAAUACUCUCCCCUUUACCAUCUGUUGAGAUGAUAAGUUGAUGAGAAAAUGAUGUCCAUGAGUAUGCAAGUCUACUGUAUGAGUACCAGACUAAAAUAGUUAUGACAACAAAACAUUAAAA